UUCACUUUGGGGGAGAGGGGCCGGGGGGCUUACAUGAGGCUCACCCGGGCUCACCCUAUUUUGGCUUAUAUAACAUGAGUUUGCCUUCACUGUAUGACGUAAUAUUUAAUCAUGCACAUAGAUCACUGGUAGUACCAGUUACUUCAUGUUCAGAUGUCAGAUUGACUUCCUGUGUUCUUUGCAAUGGAGCUAUGGUCUACAAACCAUUUUGACCCCCCUAAAAACAUAGAGUGCAGGAGUGCUGUCAGAUUGGGACUAAAACACAUGUGCUGAUGACAGUGGAUUGACAGCUGAACACAUCCACCUUUCACAAUGUCUGAAAACAACCUCAAACAGAUCCUAACUUUGGGGAACUCGAUCAUAGGAGUCUCCAUUCUGGCGAUGCCAUACUGCCUGAAACAGUGUGGCCUGAUACUGGGCAUCCUUCUGCUGAUCAUAAGUGGCUACAUCAACCGCAUCAACUGCCACUUUCUCAUCAAGUCGGCCAUCAGCACCAAGAGACGCAGCUAUGAAUUUCUGGCGUUUCACAUUUUCGGCCCGACGGGCAAGUUCGCCAUCGAGGUCAUCCAGAUCGGCUUCCUGUUCGGCAUCUGCGUCAGCUUCUUCGUCAUCGCCGGCGAUCUCGGUCCCAAAAUACUCGCCCAGUUGCUGGAGGUCGAGUGUACGCCACGGUUCCGGGCCUUCUUUCUCUGUGGGAUGUGCUUUUUCAUCGUGCUCCCGCUGAGUCUUCUGAGAAACACGGAUAGCCUGGCGAGCAUCAGCGCCAUCUCCAUCACCUUCUACGUCCUGCUGGUGCUUAAGAUUGUGGCCGACUCGUGGAGUCACAUCGUGAGCGGGUCGUGGCAGGCAGAGGUGGAGCUCUGGAGACCGGCAGGAGUUCUCCAGGCUCUACCCAUCAUGAGUCUCGCCCUGGCCUGCCAAACAAACGUGUUCUCGAUCUACGAGAGCCUGCCGGACCCAUCGCUCUCUCGUAUGAACACGGUGGUUUCCGGCGCCAUCAACCUCUGUAGCUCCGUCUACAUCCUGGUCGGCUUCUUCGGCUACGUGGCCUUCCACGAUGUCAGCUUCGGAGGUAACAUCCUGGUGCACCUGGUGCCAUCUCCAGUGACGCGGUGGAUCAACAUCGGCUUCGUCAUGUCCAUCGCGCUCGGCUUCCCGCUUGUCGUCUACCCGUGCCGGGUGUCGGUCAACUCUCUCCUUUUCAGACGGCCGGGAUCCAGUCUGGAGCUGCCCCAGAACCACAUCCCGGAACUACGCUUCAAAUGUAUCACCUUCUGCAUCCUAUCCAGCGCCAUGUGCAUCGGCAUCGUAAUACCCAGCAUCGAGGUCGUCCUAGGCCUGCUGGGAUCUACAAUGGGCACGGCGAUCGCCAUUUUGUUCCCUUCCGUCAUGUUUAUCAAGAACAACUCGCGCAACAAUCUAGAGAAAAUGGCUGCGCAGAUGUCAUUCAUUCUCGGCAUCGUGCUACUCGUCUGCGGCACCUACAUGAACCUCUACGCGGUGGACAAGCUGGCCCAGGAGCCGGCCGUGAUACCAGUGGCCGUGCCGGCAGUGACCGCACCGGCCGUGGUGCCCUCAGCUGGGCCGGUCGCGGUCGGCGGGGGACUCAGCAAUGUCACCGAUAAAAGAGACAUCAUACCGGACAACCCCCCGGGAGACAAGCAACGGGAAGAGGAGAAGGCGGCGGACGCGCCGCAGGAAGAGGCGAGGAAGGAGCCGGCGAUACCCGAGCCGCCGAUGGAAGACCAAAAACCGGCUGUCGACGUCGCUGAGAAACCCGACAAAGACACCGACGCAAAACGUGACGGCGAUGACGAAAAACCUGCCUCUAAAAAACGCAAGGCGAGUGACGAGAAGGCCGCUGAUGGCGAGGCCGAAGCUAUUAAUUCAGCUGAUGACGGUGCUGGCAAAAAGAAGUCCGGCAACCGCAGCAAACAUCGCGGUUCAAAGAAGACAGCCGGCGCGGAUGAGGGUGGAAAUGAAGUUGAAGAUGAUGUUGAAGCCGAUGUUGUCGCUGGCGAUUCUAAAAAGCGUUCUGCGGACGCUGUCGGCGGCGGGGAGGGCCUGGACGUAGGCGCUCUUCAGAAAGAGGAAGAGGAACGCGAGCGUGACGACGCGCUACGUCCCGAGGACCCGCAGGCGAAGAAGCUGGAGUUGAAGCAGGAGGCGGUGCUACAGAAGCUGGAGGAGACGCACAAGGAGCAGAAGGAGCUGCUGCAGGCUCAGAAGGCGCUGCUGGAUGAGAUGAAGCAGCAGAGGUCGGAGCAGGCGGCGGCAGGCGGACAGCAGCAGGCUCAGCCGGCUCAGCAGGUGGCGCGGCAGCCGUAUGCCGCCCAACAGUCGCCCGAUCAGGGACAGCCAAAUGUCCCGGGGCAGCAAAUACCAGCAGCAGCACAGGCCGUAGCGGGACAAGGGCCAGGAGUUCAGUCUAUGGGAGGACAAGUACCAGCCCAGGCCGUACCGGGACAAAUGCCUGCGGGUCAGCCUUUAACAGGACAACUGCCUCCGGGCCAAGUUAUGACGGGACAAGUGCAAGGGCAGGGUUUGCAGGGCCAGCUGGCCCCGGGUCAGGCUGCCGGAGUACAGGUGCGUGCAGGACAGGUAACGGCAGGACAGAUGCCUGCAGGUCAAGCGUACGGAGCUGUGGGGCAGCAGCAGGUACCGGUCGCUCCCCAGCCUGCCGCCCCGCAGCAGCAGCAGUAUGUGCUCAACCAGCCACAGGUGAACCAGGUGCCAAAUAUGCAACAAGGCCAACAAGCGCUGUACCAGCAGCAGGGGCAGGCUCAGCAGCCAGGCCAACUGCUACAAGCACAACAGGUUCAGUCAGCACAGCAGGCUCAGCAGCAGCCUCCACAGCAGCUCCAAUAUCAACAGCAACCUCAGCAGCAGUAUCAACAGCCACAGCAAAUCCAGCAGUCGCAGCAAGCCCAGCAGCAGCAGCAGUUUCAGCAGGCGUCUCUGAACCAGCCGGCGCCGGCUGCGGUAGAGCUGCCCUCUGUACAGAAGCCGGCAGCGGUCCCGGCGGCAGCGGACCGGGUAGCCAGCAGGAGGGAAAAGGCAGCACAGGUGUCAGUGGACGGCGCAAAGAAGAAACGGAAACAGGUGGCGCACGAUCGUAUGCGCCGGGACGCAGGCGUGUCAGCGAUAAAAGACGAGAUGUUGGUGGGCCUGCCGGAGAACUGGGCGGCCAUGGAGGCAGUUGGAGUUGGCGCGUCAUCACACAAACGGCGCUAGAGGGCAGGAGAAUAGUGAGGAAGAGAGAGGGUGGGACUGAGCAAGGUUUGAAGAUAUGGAGAACUUGGAGUGAGGUGAACGGGACGUGUUUUGUGUUAAACCGUGAAGGCGAGGGUUGAUAUUCGUUCCUAUGACAUAUCUACGAGCUACUCGACUUGAUGGUGGUUUGUGAUAACUGAGGUUCGCAUUCUGCGUAUUGUGUUGUUUUGUUCUGACUUGUACAUUUCCGAGCUGUGGGUGGAGAAUGUGUGUAGAAUGUCAUAGCCAAACUUGUUACAAAAGCUCCACUCAAAGGUCAAAGGAAAUGACAUAACGUUGCCGUAUAGUCGAAAAGAAUUCCUACAUGUAAUGAGUUGGGAAGCGUUUUUCUCUGAGGCAAAGAGGGGCAUGACUGGAGGAAGGGUAGUGAGUUUUAUCGAGAAAAAGCGCGGGGCCAAUGAACAGUGGCACUUUUGUAUUGAGUAGGAAUGCCAAUGGCUGAAAGUUAUUGGAGUUCGUGGUAAAUGCUGUAUAUUUAUUCCGGCUGGCGACCGGGUAUUGUCAGAGAAACUAGGCAUUGUAUGCUGCAGCCGGAGCGUUUUAGGCACUGUUACGUCAGAAAUAGUCAUCAGAAUAGGCAGCUUUUAGGGAGGCAUCGUAUAAUAGCCUUGUAAGAUGUGCUGUCGAGUUCCGUGUCGAUAUUUACUUGAAUAAUGUGAGCAGCGGCGCACUAAGUCAAUACAGACGAAGGUCGGAACUUUUGAGGUCUGUAAGCACAAGAAACACAAGAAAUCAUCACUUAUUUUCACAGCUGUGUCAGUAAUAUACGCAGAGUCUGCAUUGAGCUUAGAUAUCGUCUUUUUGAGAAACACGCUCCGAAACGAACUAUAAUUCGUUUUGCCGAUAGGACGGUGAAGUAUGACGAAACAAUGCCCAUGAUUGACGACAGAAUAGAAGCACGAGCGUAAUAAAUGAUUGCAUUGAUGAAUGAUUUACUUGUUCUAGCCUCUUGCCCAGCAAUCUAAAUUUGUAAUUCGACAUCGAAUGGGAUUUUCGUUGACGAGAUGGCGGCUUCCACCGUACCAGUAUAUUGUGUGUUCAUCUGAACUUGACGUCUGUGCCACGAAACGAGCCGAGCAUCGUUAUUUGGCUGUUUGCCGUGGGAGUGAGGGGCAAUUGCUGCUGAAAUGAGUAAGAGAUGCGUGUGUUUGUCGAAUUGGAAAUCACUGUGUGUAUUUGAAUGUCACUGUAAAUCAGCGCAAUGAAUGCUGUGUAAAUUGCAUACGAUGGGUGUGAUACAUAUCUUGUGUAAGCUUUUACCGUUUUGUUUGUUAAUUUGGAGGCAGUUUGACUUUGUGAAUGUUUUUAAACGAAUAGCCAAGACCUCGUAUCACGGACAGCUCCAUGGUACCUGCACUGGCGAGCUGAGCAUGUACCAGUUGCCAAGGCCGGCAACUUCCGCUGCUGUUCACGCGCUGGAAAUGUGGAUUUGUGCUAUCAGCUGCUGAAGAUUGAUUCCUACCGACGUAAUGCGGUACCCUCGUGGGCUAGUUUUGUGUGAUUUGAUAUGGUGUUGAUUUGAACUACUCUGGCCGGUACAUUCCUGGCAAGUUGUACAAUGCACAUUUGAAAAAUAUAUGUACAUACAUGUAAAA